UAUAUAUAACAUAUCAAACGUCACCUAACCUCAGUUUAUUAAUUGUCGUAUUAUUAUAAUAAAAAAUAAUAUAAUUAUUAAACAUCUAUUUAUAUAUUCUUAAUAUGUUUAGGGACUCGAUUCCCACGAAUGUAAAUAAUUCAAAUAUUCAAUUACCAUCGUCGUCAUCGUCAGGAAAUUUCCAAUCAAUUAAUCCCGAUGUAAAUCAAGCACUUCCUGGAGAAAGUUCCGAAUCUGAAUCUCAAAGAUCAGAAAAUACAGACAAUGAUAAUUCAACAGGAAAUUAUCGUGAAAAUGUAAAUAGAAGAAUGGAAUUUUCCGAAAUAAAUUUAUCAAUUCAAACUCCUGAAAAUCGAAAUAAUACACUCAACAAUGAUCAGGAGGAUCAAACAUCAUUAAAUUUUGAUGACAGUCAACCACGUGUUAAACGACGAUGUAUCGAACAUCCCUAUUCUACACAAAGAACACUUUCGUGGAAUUCAAAGAAAAAUUCACCAACAGUUUCGAAUUCAAGAAAUGGAGAGAAAUUUCCCACCUCCAAAGAAUCAAGUUGUUGGGAAAAAUUUACAAAACCUUCAAUAUUGGAGAAUGAAAAGCAAAUAAAUGUUAAUGUACCAAAACCAGGUACACCAGUGACAAUAAAUACAAUUAAAAAAGCAGGACAAUAUUUACUCGGUCCAUUAAUUGGAACAUCACCAGUGAAAAGUAUAGUGCAAUGUUUAGCUAGACGUGUAGGAACUGAUAAAUUUUAUACUAUAAAAAUUUUAACAUUAAAAGAUGAUUCUGAUCAUGAAACUCAGGAUGAUAGACAGGGAAAAAUGCUUCUUCAUGCUGAAUUUUCAUUAUUAAGUUUACUACAAAAUCAAGAUGGUGUUGUUCAUCAUCAUGGAUUUUUUAAAGACUGUGCCAUGGAAGAGAAGAAAACGGCCACGGGCAAUAUUUAUACAGGAAAAUUAAAACGUCGCUUGUGUCUUGUUCUGGAUUGUUUGACAUCUCACGAUUUCAAUCCACGAAAUGAAGAAUUGCUCAAUCUUCAGCAUCACGUUAUAAGGGAGAAAAAAUUAUCCGAAAAGGAAACUCUCUUAAUCUUUUACGACACCGUUAGAAUUGUCGCUUGUUUACAUAAAAGAAAUAUUGUUCAUCGUGAUCUUAAGCUCGGUAAUCUGGUUAUUAAUCGCAAAACAAGAAAGGUAACAAUAACAAAUUUUUGUCUUGGUAAACAUUUGGCCAGUGAAAAUGAUCUUCUGAAAGAUCAAAGAGGUUCGCCAGCUUAUAUUUCGCCUGAUGUUUUAUGCGGGAAGCCAUAUUUAGGAAAACCUUCAGAUAUGUGGGCAUUGGGAGUUGUACUUUUUACGAUGUUAUUUGGUCAAUUUCCAUUCUACGACAGUAGCCCGACUCAAUUGUUUAGUAAAAUAAAAGCAGCUAAUUAUAACAUUCCAAAUGAUGGACGAGUCUCGGAAGGAACAAUUUCACUUAUCAGAAAUCUUCUCGUUUUGCAACCAAGCAAACGUUUAACAGCAUUGCAAGUUUUGGAUUCUCUUGACACUAUAAUUGCGACAUUUAGAGCACCAAUAGUUAUCGAUGAAGAGGAUCAAGUGGUUCCUGAAAUGAUUGAAUCCACUGAGGAAGCGGAGGAAAAAAAGGAGGAGAAGAAGGAAACUGAUAAAAAAUCAUUGUCGGAUUUCUUCAAACAUAUUACGCUUCAGGAAAAAAUGCAUCAAAUGAUGAAGCAACCAAGUCCAGUUCUAUCGCGUCCGAAACCAUACGGUCAAAUACCUCUUUAUCGAAUUGAAUCAGAUGCGAGAGAAUUGACACAAGCGGAAUUAAACAAAUACAAGCAUUUAAUUCCAAGAGACAAUCAAAGACAACAUAAUUCUAACAGACGAAUUGGAUUUCCUAUACCAGGCACUAGGAGUAGAUCAUCUCAAAAUCAGACCACUAAUCAAGAGCAAAGAAGAGACUCGAAUAAUCAACAAUUCGCUACAAAUGACACGAAUCCCGCAACGAGUAAUUUAGCCACAAAUCAAUCGCAAAAUUCACAAUCAUCAUUAAAUUUGUUAAAUUCUCUAAUUAGACCACUUGUGACAAAUUCAGUGAGUGGUUUACGAACGAGACAAGAGUCGCACUCGUCCAAUACUUCAACAUCAUUGAACAGACCGACAGGUGAUGCAAUUAAUCGAACACAAUUAAUGAGACAAAGAUUGUCACUGAAUCAUUCAUCUGAUAUGAGCUCUCGAUCGAGACUCAUGUCACAGACCAGUACACUUUCCAGUAAUUCAUCAUCAUUACCGGAAAAUUUAAAUCGAAAUACUCAAGAAGAAUCGAAUCGACCUCGUCAUGGAAGAAUUCAAGCGGACAUGAGAAAUUCCGAACCACGUGUCAGACAAUCAAAUUCACGAUCACUGUCAACAUCCUCGGUCUCAGUGCUCGCCAAUAAUUCAACACCCAAUCACCCGACAUCGAAUUCCGACGAAAUAUUACGCGACAUCAAUCGAUCGGUGCCCGAUUUACGUAAUCGAAGUCAACAAUACAGUUUUCGCGAAGCAAUAGUCGAUCGUUUAAUUAAUUUCCGCGUGCGUAUGCAGCAACGUCGAAUUAACAGUUUUGAACGUGUUCUGGAUAAUCAGAGAAGAAUCUCAAGCGCUGCCUCCAGUCAAUCGAAUUCAAAUCCAAGGGAUUUUUUAUUAUCGCGAAGAACAUCUUCAUUAAAUAGGCAUUCACCGUACGCUAUUCAAUCGAUGAAUAAUUUACGACGAUCCGAUUCUAGCUCAAGUAGUAGAUCUAUUGACUCUAUUGUAGGAUAUUCUCGUAAUACGAAUACAAGUGACAGUCGAGUAUUGCGUCUUUGCCCAGUAAGAAACGAUCAAUCGAGAAAUAAUCCAUUAAGCGUCGACAAUCCAACUAAUAUUAUCAACAAUCACGAGCAACUUGUACAAAAUCAAUCAAGUUUACGUUCGAGAAAUUCCGAUGUUUUUCAUCCCGUCAAUUCGAAUCCCCCGCAACAGGCCUUUAAUCACACCAAUAGUCAAAAUGACAAUGUUUUUAAUUUUCUAUCAAGAUUGAAUUCGAAUUUUCCCUCGAAUGACACGUCUUCGAAUAAUUCAAUGAGUUGAUAACUGAAAAAUUUACAUUAAUUUUUAAUUCCUUGAUAAAAA